AUGUGUCAGAGUUCUCGGCAGGUGGGGCAGAGGAGACUUGUGCUGCUGUACCUGUACAUGGCCACAACAGCAGGAGGCCUUGUAUCAGGGAAGCUCAUCAUGGCGUCAGCUCGCCGUGUCAGAGUCACGCAGGAUAUUGAGAUCGAGGUGGAACGCAUUGACGGUGCCAGAGAUGAAAUCCAUGAGAAGUACAAACUGACCGAGAAGCCGAGGGGAAAACUGCAGGAUAAGAUCGACAUUGCAGUGGACUCCAUUGUCCAGCUCAGCCUAGGUCUGAGGGAGGGAGAGGAGAUCAGCCCAGCAGAUGCAUUCAUGCUGGUGCCGAUAGUGGCAGGAGCGUUCAGCAGCACGCCAGACAUCAAAGCACUGGUCACACAAUCCAUAGAGAGCAGGGCUGCAAGGAAAGAUGCAUACAAAUUAUAG